AUGGUGUUUAGCUCACCUCUUGGUGAAGAGUACUAUAAGGAUAUGCUCCUGGAACCAUCCUUGGCUGCUAACUAUGAUUUCGUGCAAUGCCAAAUUAGGAAAGUCAAAAAAUGCCCAAUUACAGGACUUGAAAUGCAAUUACCAAAAGACAUCACAAAAACGACCUUGAAAAUAAAACUAACAAGCUUCUUGAAAGAUUGUAUCACCGAUCGAAAUACGUAG